AUGAACGAUUGCGACUCUAAAAAAUUCAGGAACAUAAGCGAAAAGGUACAGGGGAAGUACUUCCCAGUCAUAAAGUUCGGGGGAACGAAUAAAUACAUCAAUAAAAAUUACACAAAUGAUUCCGAUGGUAGAAAUAGUAUAAGUUUUACUGGAGACGGGUUUAACGGGAACAAAGUAGACAUACACCAGGAUAACAAGUAUGGGGUCAACCGAGUCUGCUUCUCCCCCCAAGGGAAGUAUGUAGCAGGAUGUGGAACAAAUGGCAUAAUUUACGUAUACGAUUUGUAUGAAAACAAACUGUUGACAAAAAUUUGUACAAAGAUUGACAACAUAAGGGACUUGAUAAUAGGCGAUAAUGACAAGUAUAUAUACGCCUGUGGUGAUAAUAAAAUUAUAGAAAUAUUUGACCUGUACGAAAGUAAGAAGGUCUCUAACGAUGAUGUUGCAAGGUAUGUGGACGUAUCCAUCCCAAGCAUAAUUAAGAGGCAAUGUGCGAAAAGGGAAGAUUCCUCAGUAGGGAGAAGUGACCACAAUGGCGGCAAUGACGAAACGAGGCAGGAACAACUGCCUCCGAAGGAGACAAGAAAGAACGUACUGGAUAACAUCUACACCCCAUGGAUGAAGGUUAAGCAUAAGGAUUUUACCCACAACAAAGUUGUCUACGUUCCGGUAUAUAACUACUGCGAUUUGAUAAAAAGUAACAUCAAUAUGGUGGACUUAAAUCGCAUUAAAAUAAGGAAAGUAAAUCCAGUUAUUAAUAAGUCGCUAUUUAUUAUUAAAGACUCACACGAGUGUAGCACUUCAUGCUUGGCAGUGCCAAACAUAAGCACCUUCUUAGUGUAUUCAGGGGGGGGGGAUGGGUUAUUAAAAAUCUGGGACAUAAGAAUGAAUUUGUUUACUCUACAUAAGAAAGGAAACUAUAAAAAGGCCACAUCCAAUACCAUAUUUUUAGAUAAUAAGAAUCCGUAUGCUUCUAUAUGCUCACAUGAGGAUAUCGUGACCAGCAUCAAUUUUAACAACACGAUUGACCAUGAAGGUGCGUAUAAAAUGAGGAGGGCAACAAGGAAAAGAGAAAUGAGAGCCAGGGAAAGGAAGCAAUGUGAUGCUGAUGAGAACAGCUCACAGAUAGGAAAGGAAUCACAUAGUAGGAAGGCUGAGAAAUCGGUUAGCUUCCAAGAUGAGGAGCUUUUCUUGGACGAUGAGAGCAGCAGUUCGACCUUUUCCUCCUCGUGUUCUUCCGUGUCCUACUCGUCCAUCACCUUUGAUCUGACAAGAAACAAAUUUAAUAACGUCCUGAUGACAAGCGGAUACGACGGGUACAUUCGGCUGUACGACAUAAACAAUAAUAUCAUUAAAUCCUUUUAUGAUGAGGAGAAAACUAUCACUCACUGUAUGUUCAGUUAUAACAACAAAUAUAUUGUUAGCACGAACAAGUCCAAGUACGCAAAAAUUUUUGACUUUAUCUACAUGAAUAAUAAGAAGAACGCAAAAAAUAUGAUCACCUACCUUUCUAAUUACAAGUCUUAUCAUUUGAACAGACCCAGUGGAGAUAACGAAGCGGGGGAGGAUGAUAAUGAGUAUAGCAACUGCGCCAGUCUGUACGAUGACAACUUUUCGAAAGACUUAUACAUCGAUAAAGAAUUCCAACCAUGUAGCAUUAAAAAUAUAUAUGAAGAUAAAGAACUGGAGGAAAGAAUAAAACUUGUUAACGAGUUAAACAGGAAAAUAAGUAAAGACGAUAAAAAGAAAGCUGCGGGUGAGCGUGACGAGGGGGGAAAGGGAGUGUCAAAUGGAAUGGAAGACAGAGUGGCAGACGGAAUGGAAAACGGAGUGGCAGACGGAAUGGAAAACGGAGUGGCAGACGGAAUGGAAAACGGAGUGGCAGACGGAAUGGAAAACGAAUCAGAUGGCACCUACUCAAAUACAGAUUCCAGCGCUUUUGAUGAAAAUACAAUAAAAACGAAUGCCUUUUACGAACAUGUUAAUAAAAAGUUGGAACCUACGUGGUCCUUCUUUCAGGAUAACAUGAAAUAUAUGAAUCUGAUCCCUUACGAUGACCUAAAUGAAAGUCUGAGGAGAAACCACGAAUUUAUUAAGACACAUUAUAAAAAAUUGAAUCAUAGUAGUGACAAUAGCAAUCACAAUCAGGGUGAGGCAAAUUCGGAAAAAGGGGUUUACCACCCGCAAAAGGACGAAAAGGAACACAUACUGUACUACCAAAUGUCAGAUAUUAUAAAUAACGAAGCGGAUAUUCCUAAUUUUUUUUCCUGCGUAGCGGGGGAUAAGUGCAUUAUUCCGUCAACCGACACGUAUGCACAUGUGUAUGACAUAUACACAGGUUUUCAUGUUAACACAAUAAGCAAUCUUUACUUGCCAAACUAUCAUCCUGCUGACAAUUCGUAUUUUGACUCGUGCAGCAUGAGCCAGCCAUUUUUUAAAAAGAAGCAUUUGUCUUUUCUAACAAGUGCCGACACGUACCCGAAGAACCAGAAUAUCAUUGCAACUUCGAAUGGCUACCCAGAUGGCUCCAUUGUCCUUUGGGUUUUUGCGCCUUUCUAG